CACAGACUCACACUGUCACCCACCUCGGUAGGCACCUUGGCUGUGUGGCCGCGACCCUGUACGGAGCAGUCGAGCGCAGGUAAGAAAGCCACCUGCAGCUGUGCGGCACAAUAGCGUACCGGCGCGUUCCUGUAAGCUGCGCAUUCCUUCAACGUCCAUCCACCUCUUUUUAUCUGGACUGCCGCCCGCCAUCAUGGAGAAGUCGCCUCCGACAACAGUUCACGCGGUUGCCUUCAAGGACAUUCCCGCCAUGGACGCUCCAGAUACGCCAACGGCUGCCGCUCACGCCUCUCAGAAGGAGCCAAUUCCUGUCAAUGAGGUCUUCAACAACUACCAUGAGCAGUUUCACGACUUCGACGACCCGGACACUUAUGAGGAGUACAUGGAAAAGGCUACAAGCCGCUUCACCUCCAACUUCGUCGUUCGCUUUGGCGAGAAAAAGUCCAGGAUCGCCACUAAUCUCACAGACCAAGAUAUCGACGCCCUCAUCCACCAGACAGCACCGGGGAAGGGGGACAAGGAACUGCCCGUGACUUGGAUUAAUCUUUGGUCCGUCAAUAAGAAUGUUGAUGUCAUCCGGCGGCUUGCCGGGCGCUACAAGUUCUCAACCCGCUUGACCUACUCAAUCCUGACAUGGGACGAUGCGAGACAGCAAUUGGCAGAAAGAUCGUCCCCUGCUGGACCUGUCAAGCAGGAUCAUUGGCGGCGCCUCCGGGCGAGAACCACGGCAUUGCGGACGUCUGACCCGGAGCAGGGUGUCAGAGACGACCCAACGGCAGCACAGCAAAAUACCUCUAGCACCCCGAGGCUCAAUGACGAGGAUCUGGACAUGUUCAAGCUCUUGCAGGGCACCUACAAUUACACGACCGUCGACCAUGGCACAGAAUUCAUUUGCAUAGGAGCCAACUGGUUGCAUGAGAGACCCAAGCAACUCCUGUCACCAGAACUGGUUAACGUCUAUGAAGCAUCUGCUGAAUUAGUGCCUCCGAAGCACUGGGCUUGGUACAUCCUCACAAGCGACCACACUGUCAUAUCAAUCCAAGAAAGCCCGGUAUACCUCGAGAUACCAAAGAGUAUCAAGGUCGACCAAUCAAAGCUGCGCAUGGAGGAAUUGCAGAGUAUGCGCAAAAACACAAGGGCUCUUCUGUCCCAGCUGUCCUCGAUAGGAAUCCUCAAGUAUUUGCGCAAGAUUUCUUCCCAAAAGGGUGUUCGGUCCGAUCUGAAGCCCAGGGCCGAGCGCGGUGCUGUCCCCCAUGCCAGGACCACCGUGAAGGAGUCAGAGGCCGACGUCGAUGGUUCAGCCAACCUAUUCUUUUACCUUUUUGAAGACUACUCUGCCGGCAUUUCAAUUCUCAAGGAUUCUAGCUCGACCUUAAGCAGGCUGACCGACGAAGUACUUCAAAUAACCGAUCGACACAACAAGGACAGGGACUCUUCAUACAUCAUCAAGAUCCUCUACGCGAGAAGCAAAGACCUGCGUCAACUGAAGCACCUGUUCGAGAGCUACGAAAAGCUCUUCAAGGGGAUCAUGGACCUAGGCACCGACACAGGAAGCGAGGACAGGGACCCGGUGAACAACUCAACGGCCAACUUAAACGGGACGCCGGCAAGGGGUGUCAAGCUGUCACAGAAAGCGUAUGAUCGAUUCGCACGGCUCAACGACCGCCUCAAGCUUCUCAUGAUGGACACGAUUGACGAGUACCUGGAGGAGAAGUCGUCGCUGUCCAACACGUACUUCAACCUCCUCGCGCUCAAGGACUCGCAAGCGACGGCCAAGCUCAACCGCUCGGCCUCCCUGCUUGCCAAGCUCUCUGUCUUCUUCCUCCCCAUAUCGUUCAUGACGUCCUACUUCUCGGUAGAGAUCCCCGAGCUGAGCGAGACUUGGACUGGAAGGACGUACUGGAUUAGCUUCGCGGUGAUUGCCACGCUGUCUUUCAUGAGCCUGUUCUUCUUCAGCCGGCUGCUGAUGAUAGUCUCUGACGUGCUGGACGAGAAGCUGAACAACAUGCAGAAGGGCACGUGGAGGACGAUGAAGACGGUGGCCAGCGGGGUCACGACGAAGAACAAACGGCGAACGGGAGACGAGGAUAGCGACGAGAAACGAUUAGAUGACGACUAGUUUUGGUCAAUUGUGGGUGGCGUCCAACAUCCGCCGUGAGCAUGCACGUGGUUGGACUGGAAGGGAAGCUUGUAGCUGGAAGGGAUUGAUCCGAAGGGCUGUGGCGUUACUGUUGUAAUUCUAGGAGCAUACAUGCAAGGGCGUUGGGAGGUUUGAUGUGCUUUGUCGAAAUUAAUACCCAGCACUUGAGGUUUCAAGCCAAGGAAUAUAUGAUAUUUUGAUGCAAACUUCUAGUCGAGACCAUUCCAGUGUACGCAGCCGGCCAUUCAACGGAGUUUAAAUUUCUAACAUGGACAGAUAUCUAUGUUCACGUUCACGGAAUAUCAACAGCCCUUCGCUCCCAUCAUGUACAACUUGAAUCCAUGCCGCUGUGACGAGUCUGCUUCUGCUGAGAACAGACUUGCGGAUAAGUAAACAUUAGUAGAAAGAAGACAUCCGUAGAAAAAAAAAGAAAAUCUCGUAACUCGUGAGAUUCAGGGCCCAUCAAUGUCAUCUAUCUCAUAUCGUGCCGGGUCCCCAUGCAAACCCCCUCCCCGGGCCGCCAUCAUUAUCUCAUCUGGCCAAUAAAAGACAGAACCACGCCUCACAUGCCCAUGAUGCCAAACCCAACACCGGCCGCAACUCCAGCCACGACGCCCAUACAAGGCAUAUGCGUCGGCGCCGCGUUGGCACUGCCCACGGUGAACCCGGCCGUCGAGCCAGCCUCGCAGUAGGAGCCCUGGAUCGAGUGGCAGGCAACACUACUCAGGCUGGAGCAGACGCUCGUGGCGCUGGCCGUGGGCAAGGUGGCCCCCGCGUUGGCACCGAUGGUGGUGGUGCCGCCGUUCCCGGCCGGCACGACGAUCGUGACGGCGCCGCCGCCGCCGCCGCCCUCGAGGUCCGCCGUGCAGGCCUCGUAGUUGGCGCUGCACUGCGAGACGGCGCGGGAGCAGGCGCCCGCGUUGGAGAAGCUCGUCGCGAUGUAGGGGAAGCUGAAGUAGGCGUUGGGCACGUAGCUAACGGCGGUGGUGGUCGGGGGCCGGAAGCUCGAGGGCGCGGUCCCCGUGCACACGGCGCCGGCGGGGCAGCACGCCGGGGAGUUGUCGGCGUCGAGGGCGCACCGCUGCCCGUCGGCGCAGCAGAUCCCGGCGAAGGCGGACCCUUGGUCCGCGCAGCUGCUCGUCCCCGCGAUGCAGCCGUCCGUGUCCGUCUGGCGGGCGAGGAGCUCGUGGACCGGGUGUGCGGCUCGGAGCCGGCCUCCCACCGUGGGUGUGGCUGUCUCGGCUGGGAGGAAGGGCUGCGGCUCGGCGGCGACUGCGGGCAGGAAGAGGAGGAGGGAGGUGGUGAAGAGGGGUAAUGAGAGGAUCUGUCUUCGUCUCAUCGUGAUCUGAGGGGUCCCCUGGGGACAGACCCAAGUCGAAAAUCGGGUCUGAGUUGUCGAGAGAUCGGACGUUCGAAAAGACGAGGUGAUCGGCGGUUCGCAGUGCAGACUAAUUAGGCCGUGUGUGGCACACGGACGAGUUGAGGAGCUUAAAAGGUGAGUCCCGAGGCCUGGUGCUUAUCUGGUGCUUAUUGGUAUCACCAGUUUUGUCUUUCAGCUUGGCUGAGAUGAAAUCAAUGCCGAUAAUGAUGCAGAUGACUCGAUUGGCGAGUUAGUAUUGGUCGAUGUGGAAGGACCAGAGGCAGAGUAAAGGUUCAGAUGGACACGAGAAAUGUCGAGGUGAGUGAGAUGUGAGGCGAGCAACCCCAAAGAUGGCUGGCUGGUCGAUGUCGAAUGAGGUGGCUGGGUGUGCAGCGAUACUCCGUACCUUCCUCACGACUUACAGCCAAGGGCUGGCAGGGCUGGCGGGCUGGGGUAAGCGAUGCACCCCGCCCACGGAGCGGCCUUUAGAUUUUGAGCUCCUCGAGCUGAACGUGCUUCACUGAAAACCAGCCCCCCAGAGCUCCCUGCUCUCACACGCCAUCGAGCCUGCUUCGAGGUACUUGGACACCCACCCAGAGCCUCGGAUAAGUGUUGGUGUUGGUUGGGCUUCUCUCGGCCGGGAGCAAGACCCUUGCACACUAGGUCGAGGUAUUGUUGUGAUGUCAUCGCAGUCGGCAGAGCAACCUGACAGCUCUGGCCCAACCCCGCAUUUGUCAAUUGGCAUCAAUCGCUACCCGCCCUGGGGCUGCCUGGGGUGGAGCCCUCAAUGUGACUGGCGUGGGGUAGGGUUUGACACGCAGAUUGGCAGACACGCUGGACACGGUCCGUCUGGUCGUGGGAUGUCAGGAUGCCUGGACUCCCGUGACGGGCAGUGGUCCACACGGCAGAGGACGAGCAUGUGAAGAUGGACGACACGUCCUGGCGCGCCUGGAAGACACGGCCAGAAGGUGUGCCCUCGUGCCUGGAUCUGCUGACCGCCUGGCGUGCCUGCACCCUCCAGCAGCCACCCCGUGCCGCCUCGUGGGCCCUAGGCCGUUUCCGUUUCGCAUUCUAUAAACGGGCUCGCACGCGGGUGAGGAUGGUUCGCAGCUGCCGUACUGCUGGUGCGCUCGUCGCCUGCUGGUCUUUGGAAUCUUUGAUCUGCGCCACCUCUGUGCGGGCCUCGUCCACCAACGAGCCCAGGUCGCCCCAGACCUCGUCUGUGUAGCCCGUCAGGACCCUGUUCCACUGCUCCAGCCAUAUCUGACCUGCCUCUGCCGGCUCUGUCACACCAAGGUUCAUGUGGCUGUUCUCAGUUGCCCCUGGACCAGAGCCAGCAGUCCCGCCCAGCAAGAAGUCUGGCACAAAGUUGAGCAUGUUGUUCCAGUCGGUAGCCGACAUCUGGCCCGAGCCUCCCUCCUCGAAGAGGGCCUGCCUCAGGUUCCUCAUCUCCUCAUCGGAAAUCGUGGGACCUUGCUCCAAGUCUGGGGCCUCCUCUGUGACCUGUGAGAGCAACCGCACCACUUCCACGCCGUCUUGAGCCUGCUGCGCGGCAACCGAAUGCGCACCCGCGAGAAUGGGCGCACCAUGCGUCCCGGGCAUUUCUGCAGCUUCUGCAGCACGACCACCGGCUCGCUGCCAUGCCUCAUCCAGACCUACCGGUUGCGUCGCGACGAAUGCAGGUGUGCCAUCCAAGAAGUCGGAGAAGGCAGCCUCUCCAGCCGCGGCGUGAGCAUCUGCAUCGGCCGACCGAAACCCACCGGUAUUCCCAGACGUGCCCGCUGUCGAUGAAGGGAAGGAUGUCUCACCUAGGGCCGAAGACUUGCUGCUUGACGAUGGCCCAGCUUUGCCUGACGACGAGAGUCCUGCAACAUCACUCGCUUUUGGUUUGCCAUGCAGUACGCUUUGUGACAGACUCACGGCCGACCUGCCAACACGGGACACAAUCGAAUCCGCCUCGGGAGACCUUGAGGUCUCUGACUCCUGAUCCUGGCCCGUUUCGCUCCUGACCGCGUCUUUCCCCUUCUCUUUCCCUCUGCCUGGUUCCGUGCCAGGGUCACCGGCUCCAUGCUUCCCACCAGCUCCAGCUCCAGCCCCAGCCUCCAUCAUGCACACGAGACCAGGAAUCAGUUUUGAGAGCAGAGCUACUUCUCGAGUUGACUUGAUAUGAUGGUAACAAAUUGAGCAGACUGAAAUGAGUCAAAGUGGUUGACAACUUUCCCAGUUUCUGGAUGUCACCUGACAAGAGAGCAAAGAGUUGAGGUUGGGGGAAGUAGGUUAUAUUGGUUGGGUGACAAGGGUGCUUCACGAGCAAGUGACAUGUGCGAGCUGUCGAAGUGGGCUGGCUGGCUGACUGGCAGCAACACACAAGAUGAAUGCAAGCAUGUAAGGUUUGGUUCCAGGCCAGGGUCAAAUAUGCAUAUCAUUGCCAUGCAUCUCUGGCUUGCAGAGGCAGGGAAUGUGGGACAGGCGUCCUUUGUCUGCCUAGGCACCCGUAUUGUCCGCAUAGCCGGGCUCUGGAGGCAUCUAUAUC